GCGUCCACAGCCCCGCAGGCAUGGGGGCUGGCUGCUGGCUGCUGCUGGCCUCGCUGGCUGCCACGAGCAGAGCCAAGGCAUUCGGCCGCUGCCAGCUGGCCCACCUGCUCCAGCGAGAGGGACUGGAUGGCUACAGAGGCUACAGCCUUGCCGACUGGCUCUGCAUGGCCUUUUACGAGAGCAAUUUUGACACAGCAACCAAGAGCAUCAAUGCGGACAGCAGUACCAACUUCGGCAUCUUCCAGAUCAACAACCGGCUGUGGUGCACGGAUGAGCGCAGCCCAUCAGAGAACCUCUGCAGAGUGGCUUGCGCGGGUACCACCUCACUGCAGCACUGGUGGGCACAUGCAGGCUGUGCUUUUCUCCCUGCAGAUCUGUUAACGAGUGACAUAACUGAUGAUAUCAUCUGUGCCAAAAGAAUUGUGAGACGCCCACAAGGAAUGGAUGCCUGGGAGGACUGGGCAAUGCACUGCAAGGGACGAGACCUAUCGGAGUGGCUGGAAGGAUGUGAUCUGUGAGAAAGUCUCCAGUCUGACUCUGCUGUGGCUACCAGGGCUGCCUCUUUUCUCUUCAAAGGGGGGCCUUCCCCCUUACUGUCAGUUAGUAUUUACAAGCUCAAUCUAUUCCAAG